AUGGCUGGGGGCGGAGGAUACGUCGGGCCUGGGGGUGAUGGGUCGUCCAACGGCGGACAGCCUCAGGGGACGGAGUAUACUUUGCAAGGCGUGAUGCGCUUUUUGCAGACGGAAUGGCACCGGCACGAGCGAGACCGCAAUGCGUGGGAGAUCGAGCGCGCGGAGAUGCGGUCCCGGAUCGGCAGACUGGAAGGCGAUGCGCGAACGAGCAAACGGCUCCAUGAGUCGUUGGGCAAGCAUGUGAGGCUGCUAGAGGCUGCGCUGAAGAAGGAGCGCGAGAAGGUCAAGAAGCUCAGCAAUAAUGAACCGAUCGAGGAUAAGAGGGAUCCUAAGGAGAUUGCUCGGGAGAGCAUCAACGCCUUGAAGGCGCAACGUUCUCAGUCCCACAUCGAGUCCCCGCCUGUCGAGAAUGAUUCCGACAAUCAACCCGGUGUUCGUCAGGAGAACGAACGAGACAAGUCGCGUCUCUAUCUGUCCAAAUGCUCCCAGGAGGUUGCAUUUCAUAUUAUCCCUUCGUCGCACCCUCCUCCCGAUCUGAACGAUAUGGAGAUGUCAAAUCAUGUUUACGCAAACCAUAGCAUGUCCCAACAAAGUCUGGAGGAAGCUUAUAUGCAACAACAGCGGCAGAAGCAGCAGCAGCAGCAGCAGCAGCAGCAACAGCAACAACAGCAACAGCAACAGCAACAGCAACAGCAACAACAACAACACCAGCAGCAACAACAACAGCAGGCGAACCAUAUGAUGGCACGGGAAGUGGCGUUACAAAAUCACCAGCCUGCUUUGACUCACUAUUCCGACAACUCCAACUUGUCCCGGGGCAAUCAGUUCCUCCCGUUGGGCUCGCGGGAUGUCCUGGAGAAAAGACCCCUGGAGCCACAACAGACUUCUGUAACCGCUCUCGACAGCAGAAAACAAGGCUUUGACCAUAUCAUCACGGACGAGCGCGUGGGCUCAACAAGGCAACAGUUCGAGAAUGCACCGGCAGCAGGCAAAGAAGAGAUCAAAGCGCAGCAUUCUGAAGAUCAAUCUCAAGAUACCGAUGGGUGGAAUUUUGAUGACACGCCUGCCCCGGAGCCCCGAGCCGAUCACAUACCACCUCAUCGUCCUGAUGUCGAUGUUUUCCCCAAUGCGAACUUCUCCGGGUCGAAAUCGCCAUCGAGAGGCGGCUCGCUCUCUCACCGAAGGAAAAGUUCUGGUUCAAAACGCAAGAGCGAAGGAGUCAUUGACUCCGGUGCUGGCGCGGGACAGAAGCAAGAUUCCAUCUUCAAGGUGCGAUUCGCCCUGCGCGGUCACCUGGACGUCAUCCGCUCCGUGAUUUUCACCGGAGGUGGCAGUCCCUCAGAACCAGAAAUUUGCACCUGCAGUGACGAUGGGACGAUCAAGCGAUGGAUUAUCCCCGCGUCGUACGGCGCUUAUGGCUCUCACGGAGCUGGCUCCAGCAACGAUCUAGACAUCACGAGUUACUUCACCCACCGAGGUCACGUCGGAGCUGUGACCGCACUGGCUGCGUGCUCCCCAUCCCAAAACUUCUCCAACGGUGGACGUGCUCUGGGCGACGGGUGGGUCUUCUCAGGUGGCCAGGAUGCCAGUGUGCGGGUCUGGGAGCGAGGACGGAUUGACCCCAAGGCCACGUUAGAUGGCCAUACGGAUGCCGUUUGGGGACUGUGUGUUCUCCCCGGGACUGUUGGAUCUGUGUUUGGAGAUUCCAGCAGUCGAUACGGAGGACCCGAUCGCAUCUUACUCGCAUCUGGCGCUGCAGACGGACGGAUAUUGAUCUGGGCAGUCAGCGCACCGCCUCAGCUGUCAUCACCACAGGCGGGAUCCAGACGAGCCGGUGGAAGUCGACGGGCCAACUCGAUCUCUUCCGGAUCGAACUUCCCAUCCUCCCCUCAGCCAAGCACGGCCACCACUACACCUUUCCACUAUACUCUUGUUCAUCACAUUCUCCGAAAUGCCUCGCCUUCACCGACUUGUAUCAGUCCUCUGUCUCUUGCUGGCGUCAACUUUGUCGUUUCGUACACCGAUGCUUCCAUUCUGGUCUAUGAUACCAGAACAGGCGAGGAAAUUGUGGGCAUGGCUAGCUUGGAAACUUAUGACGGCACCCCUUCGACGGGCGUCAAUUCGGUUGUUGCAACGACCGUUGGCUUCGAUGGGUCUGCAGGACUUGACCCUAGUCGGACCAUGGCCGAGGAGGAAGUUGUGCAUGGAGCGACCGGUUCCAGUGCUGUAGAGGGAGUAAUUAUCAGUGGGUACGAAGACAGAUAUAUUCGUCUCUUCGAUGCCAACAGCGGCCAAUGCACAUACACGAUGCUUGCCCAUCCCGCGGCAAUUGCCGCCCUUUCACUAUCUCCCAAUGGACGUGAGCUAAUCUCUGCUGGCCAUGAUGCCAGUCUACGCUUCUGGGACCUUGAGAAACGCAGUUGCACCCAAGAGAUCACGAGUCACCGGUUGAUGCGUGGCGAGGGUGUCUGUGCGGUCACUUGGAGCCGUGACGGCCGCUGGGUUGUCAGUGGAGGAGGAGAUGGGGUUGUCAAGGUCUUCUCGAGAUAA